GAGACGGAGAGAGAAAGGAGGAGGAGGAGGAGCAGCAGGAGGAGACGUUCCGAAUAAGAACACAAAUAAACGUGCGUAAUUCCCCUUGAAACGGGUCGGCAGGACGUGUGGCCGGCCGUGACUCGUACGCCGUUCCCCCGAGCGCGGUCCAGAGGCGAUCUUUCACCGGUCGGACGUGAAGGGGCUCUCGACACCCGAGCCUGAAGAAGUCGGUUUUCCGGCUUCUUGGAGCACCAGGCGCCGAGGUGAAUUGAUGUUCAGCUCGGCUCCGCCAGAAAAACACUCUUAUUGGCACAUGAAAACUCCAGAUCUUGCUGGACGUAAAAGUGCAGUGAGAAGUAGAGAGGGAACUACUUCGAGGACCUGGAGCCAGAGGAAAAGGGAGAAAAUAAGGAGAGAUCUCAGCUCAGUCAACUAUCUGACAACAAAGAGGUGACACGUAUUCUAGGAGCAGCAUGGGAGGUGGAGAGAGGUACAACAUUCCAGUUUCCCACCCUGAGCGCCCUGUGCCCAAGAAGAACCAUCAACUUGGACGGGCCAAGCAGAGGGGCCGAGAUCAAAACGGGUCAACAGCAGCGUCUGCCGGAGUGGCGGGAGGCCUUCACCACCACGGCCACCGCAGGAAUGACAAGGGCGCAGCCUACCGCUGGUCUCCAGAGGCGCGGCAGGCCGCGUCUGCUGAGAAAAAGAAUACUUCUGUCCGUUUUGCCACCAACUACGACCAGAAUUGGGAGGGUGCUGUGUCCCACCUAGACACUCUCUUGGCUACCCAGGGUAGUCCAAGCUAUGCGGGGCCUAAGUUCAGCGAGCCACCCUCGCCAAGCGUGUUGCCCAAGCCCCCGAGCCACUGGGUGUCCUUUCCCAUAGGUUCCUGUGACAACAGGGAGAUGAUGGCCUUCCAGCUCAAGAGCCUCCUCAAGGUGCAGGCCUGAGAUGGACUCUCACUCUUAACCUUUUGAAAAAAGCCAAUGCGUUAUCUAAGGCUCCUCUGAGGGUACCCGCCCACCUGGAACGUAUCAAUGCUGUAAUAUUUUUAGUUGUUUUAGAUUGACCUCCUUGAAGGGGUAAAGGAUGCUUGCAGUUUCCCUGCUAGCAUGUAUUUACCCAGCACCCACUUAUUGUAAUGAAUUCAAUAUUUCUGCAUUGCAGCCUUGCUGGUGGGUUGAGGUGCCCUUAUUGGUGCCAGUUUCUGUCUUCUAACAAUGAACUGGAUAUCCUUUGUACUUUCGUGCUCUGUUAUUUUGUUUUUUUCCUUUUUAUGUUGGCUGUUCGUAGCAGGUUGAGUCGGCUUUUCAUCACAACAAAUUAUAUGGUUAGGUUAUUACAGAGCUCAUUGUCCCCAUCUGUACAUUUCUGUGGACAGGUAGGCUUUCUUAUUGUCCUUAAGUAACGGUAAUCAUUUAGGAUUCACAUCUACAGCCUCUGGUGCUAAAGCGCAUACAGAUUUGUAGCAUUUUUAGUUUCACUAGACACCCACCUCAUUUAUUUUUCUUUUAAGGAUGUUGAAGCUACUUAACUAAUUCUGCAGGGAAAUCAGAGCUGUCUUUCAGGCGAUCAGCUGUAGUGAGUAAAAGUGAAACAUGUAACCUCUUAACUGAAGGGUAGAAUGACCAUGGCACACAAACCUUGGACUUCCAACUCCUGUAUUUUUUUUUCUAUAGCGCUGUGCGCAUUGCACUAUAGGAGUUGGCCUUGCCUAAGGACCGCAGCUCCCGAUCAUAGCAUUAUUUUGUGAAUAGGUCAAUUUUGUGUUGUAGUUGAAAGAAAGAUGUAUGUCUGUGCUGACCAAAGCAAUGUUAUAGGCUUGUUUGUUUUUUCUCCUCGCCAUCUCUGCCUGACCGACGUGGUUACCAGUGCCAUAUUUACCCCGUCGGCCUAAGUGGCAAAUAGAUCAGGGUCUCUCUGGCCACAUUAUAAUUCCAAUCAUUUAUCUUUGUGGCCUCCAGUGUCUAUCUUCUCACUUACAUGCCAAAGAGCAAACCAUGCGGAAGAGGGCCAGACUGAGUUCUGCUGGAGCUCAAGCUCACAUGUUCUGGCCUUGCUUUGCUUUAUGGCUUUUACGAGGGAGGGCAGUGCUGAGACAAGCUAACAAUGUGGCAGCAGGGACUCGAUGCGCAAGGCCAGUGUUGAUGUGUUUACACUUAUAAAUGGGUCUCAAGGGUUGGUCACCCAACAAUCUCCAGACACUCACUGCCUCCUGCACCCUUUGAUCCUCUUGCACUGCAAUCAUAUUUUUUAUUUAGUUAAAAGCAGAUAUGCUGUUUUAAUGGCAGCUGCGUAAUCGACUAUCUCCAACUGGAUUCUCAGUUUAUGAGGGUCGAUCAUCUAUUGAUGCUGGCUUUGUUUUCCUCUGCAGAAUUGGAGCGGUUAUGGCCAGCUUAAAGACGACAAAACAAAGUACAAGAGCUUGAUAAUGUGUUUUAAGAGCCAUGUAUAUAUAUAAUGACAUGUAAAAAAAAAAAUACUUGUAGCAUAUGUACAUUUUGCAGGCCAAUUUUAAGACCUGCUUGACAAAGUAUUUUUAGUAAUAACACUGAAUGUAUAAGACAUGCUAAGGACAUGUCUUGGAUUCAAAUGCUGAAGAAUAUUUUUGUUAAAAAAAUCUGCGUAUAGCAUUUGUCAGUACCCCUGCACUGUACUCUUGCCAGUGAUCUUGCACAUGUUUUUUAUUUUCGAUUAUGCUCAGUGUAGGGUGAAAUGAUGCUGUAUGUGCAAAUUUAAGAAAAAAACUCGCUUAAAAAACAAAAACUCAAUUGGAACUCCAGAAACUUGAACCUGUAAGAGUCAUCCAAAUAAGUUAUUGUAUAACUUGAUAUAUAUUUUUUUUAUGCUCAGACAUUCACUUACGUUGAAAAAAACCUCAGUCAGUUCCCAUUCCCCCCCCUAUUGUAUAGGACUUCUGUUGUUACUGAUUGACCAAACGUUCAUGUUUAGUAUUCUCAAAGCCAAUUCUCAGCUGUUCUUCCGCCAGCUGAAAAUUGAAAUGAUGGUAAUGUGUUUUUAGAACCUCUAAUUUUGUCAUUUUCCUUACCUUUACACAACUAUUUGGAUGAUUCACACAUGCAAGUCUCUAUAUUCUAAAUUUUAACCAUGUAACGAAUUGGCUAUUAAUUUGUCCCACUUGUUAAAUGUCACCGAUAUGGAAAAAAAUGUAUGCCCUGUUUUCAAUUGGUUUUAAUUAGGUGUUGUAUAAAUUAACACACACUGUUGAAUUGGUAACUACAAAAUACUGGAAAAAAAAAUAAAUUUCCCUCCCUUCCCCCCCAAACCUAUUUGUUGGUCUUAUUCUAUACAUAACUGCAUCCACUCACAAUAUUAUUAUCCUGGUCUGUUAGGCUUGAGGAAAUUGAAACUAAAACUACUACAUAAGGUGUCAUACUUACGGGGUUUUUGGCUCUUCAAAACGGAAAAUUCUGGCCACAAACGGUAAACACUAAUUCCUGAGGAAUUUACAGUGGGCUUAUUUUUAGAUGUACGAUAUUGGCUGUAACCACAUACCCUGGUGCAUGGGUGCUAUGGGAGAAUAUCUCAGACAAAAAUAUAACAAAUAAAAUUAAGAUCACAUCUUUUAAUAUAAACAAACUGGAAUGAAACCACUUCAAUGCAUGGAACGGUGCUAAGGAACGGGAUUCAGUGAAUUUUAGUUUUCAUAGCCAACUAAUGUACAUCCAGAGACUUGAAUGCUGCACGUCCUGAACAUACAAUAAAAA